GACGAGAUUACGGAGCUCCCUCAGGAGUACAAGGACCUCGAAGCCCGUGUCGACGUUCUGCGUGCAGCAGACCUCUCCUUACUCAAGAUAACAAAAGUCUACGAAUACGAGACUUACGACUACCCCACCCAAAUCCAAGAAUCCCUCUCCGAAAUCUCCUCUUCAAUCGGGUACAACAUCACCUCAUUCGCAGCUACCAACCUCAAAGGCACCAACCUCCCCGUCCCAGCGCCGCCCACCGCCCCACCCGCAGCACCGCACAAAACGCUCCCGCACGCUGUAGUGCGUGCUGCGCAUACAGCUGCCACCGCCGUGUCCACCACCGCCCCUUCGGCUGAGACGGACCGUUUGGGAAAGGCGCUGGGAUUGUAUGCGCAGGGAUGGGAGAGGGUAGCGGGCGCACGGCUUGAUCAGGACACGCAUAUCGCGGACAACUUUUUGUAUCCGUGGCAGACGACGUUGAAUACGAAUAUUGCGGUUGCUUUGAAGGCUAGGCAGGCGGUUAGGUUGAGCAGGCUUGAGUUGGACGCUGCGAAGCAGUCGUUUAAGAACGCUAACCCUGUCAAGCAGGAGCAGGCGAGGCUUGAGGUUGAGAAUGCUGAGGAUGAUCUCGUGCAGAAGACUGAGGUGGCGAUUACGCUCAUGAAGACGGUUUUAGAGAAUCCUGAGCCUAUCAAGAACCUCAACGAGCUAAUCAAGGCACAACUCUUAUACUUCUCCGCCGCAGCCGAGGCUUUGUCCUCUAUCCAAGGCGAGAUCGAGGAACUCAGCGUAGCAGCUGAGGGCGAAUACAGGUGA